AUGGUUACAGCAGAAGACGAAACCAAAUACCCAAGCGGAGUCCGGUUCUGGCUUAUUCUCCUCUGCAACGCGCUCGUCCUCUUGUUUCAAGGCUUGGACACGUCCAUCGUUUCGACAGCCGUGCCGUCCAUCACGGACGAAUUUCACACUAUACGUGACGUGGGCUGGUAUUCAAGUGCAUUCAGACUGUGCGCUUGCAGCUUUUCCUUCAUGUUCGGCAAGAUUUAUAGCCUCUUCCCACUGCGUCCGGUCUUUCUCAGCAGCGUGGCUAUUUUCAUGUGCGGCUCGUUGCUCAGCGCCACGGCUCACUCCUCUGUGGCCUUUGUCGUUAGCCGCGCCAUCUGCGGUCUCGGUGGCACGGGAGCCAUACAGGGUUGCUUCUACAUGCUCACGCAUGUUGUCCCAUUGAGGAAGAGACCUUUUGUGGCUGGAGCUUUGGGAGGCGUUGAGGGCGUCGCUGACAUUGCUGCUCCUUCUAUCGGCGGUUUCAUCAUAGGCAAAUUGUCGUGGAGGUGGUGUUUCUGGAUCAACAUCCCGACCGGAGCCAUCAGUUUCAUCAUCAUCGCCUUCACAUUGCAGAUCGACCAGAGCCACCAGCCAAAGUUGCCGUUCUGGCAGAAGAUCAUCGAGCUCGAUCUACUGGGCAACGCACUCUUCGUCCCCUCCCUCACGUGUCUCUUCCUCGCUCUGUCCUGGGCCGGCACGACCUACGCCUGGAACAGCGGAAUAGUUGUGAGCCUCUUUGUAGUCUUCGCCGUCCUGCUCGUUCUUUUCGGCUACGACCAGUACCGCCGCGGUGACAAGGCCACACUACCGCCUCGUAUCUUGUCCAACCGAUCUGUGCUCGCCGGAUUCAUCUUCUCGUCCUGCACGAAUGCCACCAUCAGCGUUAUACUAUACUAUCUCCCAACGUACUAUCAAACAGUAAGGGAGUACACGGCUACCAAAUCUGGCUACAUGAUGGUCCCCUGUCUGGUCGGCAUGCUGGUGGCAAUGGUAUUGCAUGGGGCCGCCGUCAGCUCUGUGGGCUACUACACACCGUUUAUGCUCUUUGCGUCAACGAUGAUGCCGAUCUUCGCAGGUCUCUUGACUACAUUCACCACGACGACGAGCACCGGAAAGAUGCUUGGGUACACAGCUUGUAUGGGUUUUGCGUCCGGCAUCGGGUUUCAGGCACCUCAGAGUGCAGUGCAGACGGUCCUGCCAGCAAAGGAUGCCUCCUUGGGACUGUCCGUGAUCAUUUUCGCCCAGCAGUUUGGGCCCGCAGUCUUCACUGCCGCGGCGCAGUCUGUGUUUCUAAACCGCCUCAGCACCAACUUGAGGGUAUUGGUACCUGGCCUCAGCCCUGAGGCUGUGAAUAACAUGGGACUCACUGACAUAAAGAACCUGGUCGGCAAGGCGAACUUGGAGAGGGCGCUGGGGAUCUUUGACACAAGUUUGAUGCAGACGUGGUACCUGGCCGUGGGCUUGGCAAGUGCAUCGAUGUUGGGCAGUAUUGCGAUGGAGUGGAGAUCAGUGAAAGACAAGAAGAGGGAUUGA